UUCAGAAAACUUUGAGAUCGGUUCGCUGCGUAUUAUCUUUGUUGUUUGUUUUUUCUUCAAAAAACUUAAUCCAUGGUUAAAAGGGAACUUUUUUAUCAUUGUGUAUGGUUCCUUUCUUUCAUUGAAAAUGUGGGUUUUCUUAGUCGUGAUUUUCCAGCAAGAGGGUGUUUGUGUUUUGUUUUACUUUUGGUAACUGCAUCUUUUUCUUCUCAGCAGCCAAACGGGAAUUAAAUUUCUGGUGUCAUUCAUAAAUUUCGGUUCUGCUUCCAAUUGUUGACUCAUGCUGUGUCUUACCAAAUUGGGUGCCCAUCGUUUUACAAAUUAAUUGGUUUUGAUGUUAUAGUCUAUGUUUUGAAUAAGUAUUAGCCUAUGCUUUCUUCUAUAGUUGUGUUUUUGUUCUGAUUUGGGUUCAAAACAGAGGUUAUGUCAUGAUAUUGAUGUGCAUUUAUUUAAAAUUAAUUAGCAUUUAUUUCGGAAGCAUCGUAUUCAUAGGUUAAUGUAUGGAAUUGCGUUCAUUGUUGUUUUCUUGAGUACGGAGUGGUGGAUAUUCAUUGUUUGUGUUCACUGAAUUAAGACGUUGAUAUUUACAGUAAACUCAAUCACUUCCCUUUCACGUAGCUUUCUGUCACAACUCCCAAUUUAUUCUUCUCAGCGUCAAAACUAAAUUUCUAUGUUUCAAGGAACAAUUAGCUAUUUGCGUUUGGUACCCAAAAUAUAGUAAAAGAAAGAGCAAUAACCCAUUUUAAAUGACGAUUCUUUUCCCCUCUAAUACCAUUUAAUUGCUGAAUACGCUUUAAUAUGUAGUAAUAUGUGAUACAUGUUAUUCUGUUUAUGAACACAUGCCAUUGUUGUGUUGCAAAAUGUAAUUUGAGGUCAUUGUUGAACUGCUUUGGAUGCCAUCUAAGUUCCUUCUGUGAAAUCCUUGUUCUGUGAAUUUAAUGUUUGCACCAUUUUUUUCUUUUGGAAUUCUUGUUUUUUUGUACAAAUUGAUCUAAAUGUAAACAUCUCCAGAUCAAGUGGAGUAACUCCUCUGCAGCAUGAGUAUACGGGAGCAACUUCAGAGUGAAAUCUUAGCGUAUAUUAAAUCAUAUCAUUGAUCGUCCUUCAGUAUAAUGAGUUGUUGAAUGCCUCUGAAGAGAUGGGGUUUGGUUUAACCCUUGGAAAGAAAAGCUCAAAACAGCAAAGCAGGUCAAAGUCAUCAAAGGAUGGUUCUAGUUUGCUCCAACCCAAUCCACCUCCAAGGGACUCACUUAAGUUAAAAUCAAAGUCUAUUGUUGAUCAAACAAGCAUUGAUUCUGGUUAUAAAGCAAAGCAUGACAUAGUAAGAAAGGUUCAGCACUUGGAUAGUGCAAAGGGAAGUUCAACUCCACCUGAUGAACUUGUCAAGUACAUGUCUAGUUUGCCUGGAUUUCUCAAGCGUUCUGAUGGAGGAGAAAACAUUCAAGGGAAGGCUUUAAAUGUUGGGGUUCUUGAUUGGUCUAAACUUGAAAAAUGGAAGAGCAAGCAAACGCAUACAGAGGCAGAAGCUAGCAAUUUCACAUCAUUCAAUAGCAGUGAAGAAGCAUUACCAACGGCAGCCACCACAUCAUCUACCAUUUCUGUUGGCCAUAAUAGAAAGCUUGAUGGUAAAAAAGGUACGAGUUCUUCAAGAUACAAGGGAUCUUAUAAAGAAGACCUUGCUAUAAAUUCUAAAAUGUCUUCUCAGAAUGCCAAACAGUAUCUACAUUCUGAAAUUAAAACAAAGACCAUUGGAGAUGAGCUCGGAAUGUCAAUUACAUCACUUCAAAGGGUGAAAGUCAAUGACUAUGAUGAAAUAACUUCAGCAGUUGGAAGCUCUGCAUCUAAAUCCAGGCAUCAUGGGAUCCCAGUAGUUUCUAAUGAAAAUUCUAGUGGUAGGAAUAUUUUAGAUGAGAUGAGAAUGGAGGGUUUGCAUCCACAUAGCCUCAAGAAAAAGGAGAGAAAUCGGAAGCCUAGUUCUGAUAAGAGAUUUUCAUCAUUAGAAUCAAAAAAGAAAGGUGUGUUAUUUCGUUCUCAGAAUCAAACGAGUUCUAGCAGCAGUGAACUCAAGAACAAGAUGAAUCAGUGGCACGAAUCAGAUAUUGAUGCUGAUCAUAAACAAAGUCAUAGGAUGCCUGGUAAUAUUGUGUUGCUUCGUCCCAGAAAAGUUCUGCAAUUGAAAUCUGAAGACUAUUUUCAGCCUUCUCAAUCAAGAACCUCGUCUGAUGAAGACCUUGCGGAAUCAAGCCGGAGUAGUUUGUCAUAUAUGUCAAUUCAGGAGGUUUACACUGAAGAUAUACAUUCUGAAAUUCCACAUUCUGUGGCUGAGCUUGUUUCCUCAGAAACACUGCAACAGAGUAAUAAUACUGAUCUAGAUAUUGGUCGGUCUUCUGGUGUAUAUAAGAAAGCAUCUUGCUCAAAUAACACAUUCAGUUUCCAAUCUCAAGAUACAUGGAUUGAAAAGGACGUGUUAGAUAACAAGCUAAAAAAUCAGUGUGCUUUCAGUAAUGUGCUGGAAUCACGGGACCAUGAAAUUCCUCAGCCGACAUCUAUGAAUUCCUCAUCUAGUCGUCGACUUAGCUUAAGCUUAAGUCGGAUUGGGAGAAGUUUCAGUUUCAAGGAAGGUUCUAUUCCAAAACUUAGCUCCAUGCAUGUAAGUUCAAAGUCUGGUUCAGCGACACCAGAAUCUUCUGCUUGUUUGGAAAACCAUACAAAAUAUAAAGUAAAAGGCCAUAACAGAACCAGGUCGAGCCCCUUGUUAAGGUUAUUAGACCCCAUAUUAAAGCAUAAGACAUCAAGCAUACACUAUUCAGAUGAACACAGUGUGACAUCAAAAGGAAGCAUAGAUUCGAUCAGCUUGAGGACAAUUAAUCUGCCUGAUGAAAAGAGUAAGGAAUCAUCGUUCCAAGCUCUUUUGCAGUUAACUAUAAGAAAUGGAGUACCUCUGUUUAAAUUUGUGAUCAACAGUGAAAGAAAGGUUCUUGCCGCUACCACGAAGAGUUUAACAUUGCAGGAGAAGGAUGAUGUAGACUGCUAUUUUACAUUCUACGUUGUUAAUGAAAUGAAGAAAAAGAGUAGCAAAUGGAUGAGUCAUUGGAGUAAAGAAAAAAACUGUGGAUAUGCCUACAAUAUGGUUGGUAAGAUGAGGGUUUCUAGCUCUAAAAUCGCUGAAUCAAACAAUGAGAACUCCAAGAGAGAGAGAGUAGUGAAAGAAUAUGUCCUAAUGGGAGUUGAAGUUGACCAGCUAGAUCGAGAAACACCACAGUUCUUCAUGAGCAAGGAGCUUGCAGCUGUUGUUACCGAGACUCCUUGUGAAAACAUAAACCAUGAAGGACCACUAUAUAGUCAUAAUUUGCCGGGGAAGAGAUGCCUAAAGUGCUUGGCAGAUGAAAAAUGUUUUUGCAUAGCACAACAAAAUUAUAUCUAUGGCAGCAUUAAAGUUAUACUUCCUGGUGGAGUACAUAGUUCACCAAACACUGGAAAACCUUCACCAUUGAUCCAAAGAUGGAAGUUGGGGGGAUCAUGUGAUUGUGGAGGUUGGGAUGUUGGUUGCAAAUUGCUUGUUCUCUCUAACCAAAACAUCAGUUCAAAUAUUCCAAGGAGUUCAAAAUCUUACCCAGAGAGAUUUCAUCUUUUUGUUCAGGAAGGAGCUGAGGAAAACACUCCCAUAUUCACUUUGCUGCCAUUGAAAGAUGGAUUCUAUUCGGUGGAAUACAGUUCAACUAUCAAUCAUUUACAAGCAUUCUUCGUUUCUGUGAUAGUUUUAGGCAAUCAGAAAUUACAGAGUUCCUUGGAAAUGAAUAACAUACAAGAAGCAAUCGAUAAGGGAUUCAGUUCCAAGAACAACCAGGAACUUCAGGGUAAAGCAGCUUUAUAUUAUAAUCCAAUUCCUCCAUACUCCCCUGCUGACAGAGUUUAAUUUCAUAAAGUGAAGGCUUUUCCACCAUCAUAGAUAGCUGUUGUAUAUUAUUACCACGAAGCUAUGGAAGUUCUUGACUGCUAUAUAUCUCUCCAUAAAUACCUGUGGUAGCAGAAAAUAGCAUUCUCAUUGUAUUCUUGUGUUCUCUGUACAACAUCUUACAAAAUACAACAUGAAUGAAUAAGAAUAGUAUAGUAUUCAUUGUACAUCUUGAAGAGGACUUCUAUAAGAGGAUCAUAUACAAGUUUACCCACUAACUUAG